CUCGGAAGCUACGUUACUUCCGAGAGUCGCGUUGGCGUUUUCUAAACACAGACAGUCAUUUCGAUGAAGACAGUCCAGGUCAGAAGAUGUGGCGACUGUAACUGAAUCUGGAGACAGAUACACGGAUUGGACAUGCCCAGGUUGUUCUACCAUGGACACAGACAUGAUACCAACAUUCACUUCAAAGGACCAGGAGAUUGACUACUGGAAGGCCUUAUCCCUCAAGUAUAACAACAGCUACCAUGAGGCCCAGGAGGAGCUGGUGGAGUUCCAGGAAGGGAGCAGAGAGCUGGAGGCGGAGUUAGAGGCCCAGCUAGGACAGGCUGAACACCGCCUCAGAGACCUGCACACAGAGAACCAAAGACUGAAGAGCGAGUUGGACAACCUCAAGGAGAAGUUGGAGCAGCAGUAUGCUCAGAGCUAUAAGCAGGUCUCCAUGUUAGAGGAUGACCUGGGACAGACCAGAGGAAUCAAGGAACAGCUUCAUAAAUACGUCAGAGAACUGGAGCAGGCCAACGAUGACCUGGAGAGAGCCAAGAGGGCGACCAUCGUAUCUCUGGAGGACUUUGAGGGUCGUCUGAACCAGGCCAUAGAGAGGAAUGCCUUCCUGGAGAGUGAGCUGGAUGAGAAGGAGUCUCUACUGGUCUCAGUACAGAGACUGAAGGAUGAAGCCAGAGACCUGAGACAGGAGAUGGUGGUGAGGGAAAGGACUGCAGACAGAAUGUCAGCCCCCAGCUCUCCUACCCUGGACAUGGACAAGAUGGACUCUGCUGUCCAGGCCUCCCUGUCCCUGCCCGUCACCCCUGUAGGGAAGGGUAUGGAACACCCGUUCAUCAACCCUAAAUCAUCAGUGUUAACAAAUGGCUGUGGGCCUGGUGGCUCACCUCUGACCCCAUCAGCAAGAAUCUCUGCUCUUAAUAUUGUUGGGGACCUUCUUAGAAAAGUGGGGGCGCUGGAGUCCAAGCUAGCUGCAUGUAGGAACUUUGCCAAGGACCAGGCCGUGAGGAAAACCUACUCCACGUCGUCCACCAACAUGAUCACUGGGAACGGAAACCUCAUCAACAGCAACGCCACCAAGUUCUCCCACUCACUACACACCACCUACUACGACAAAACGGCUGUGAAUGGACUGGACCCCAGCACCCUGACUGCCCUGGCGUCGCCCCGGACUGUCUCCCCUCCUGGCAUGCUGCCUCUCACCGUUUAGCAUGGCCCCAACCUCUGUACAAGCUCCCCGCAGAACAAGGGUACCCCUCAUCCUUCACCCCAACCUCACAUCCUCCGUCAAAUCUCUGUACAACUCCUGUAUGCCCCGCAGAACACUGAGAGGAGAGAACACUUGAAGAACCGUUACUGUGUGUGUGUGUGUGUGUGUGUGUGUGUGUGGGAGAGACACUUGACUGAAUGAUUGAAAAGGCCUCACUCACCUAUGAGUGGGGUGGGGUUGGAUGCUGAGUGUGUUUGUGUGUAUUUAACAUACAGGCACAUGCCUGAGCUUUGCUCAUGUGGAUGAUGUGCUGGUGACCUCUGUGCUCUGGAGUGUCUCCAUUUUAGCUCCAUCAGUUUAUCAGUUUCACUCUAUAACAGCUAUAUAACAAAUGUCCCCAAUGGACUGCAGCGUCCUUCCUCUUAACCUUUUAUUUUCUUCUCUGGAUGAAUUGCACAAUUACAAAUAAUUUAUAUUUACAAUGUUGUAUUUAAAAAUGAAAAGGGACUUUUUGCAAAGUUAGAUGAUUUCAUCAUUACUGUAUGUAUGCUUUAAGAUGCAAUAUUUCCUGUUUGUUUGUUUGUAUGUUAUGGGGUCAGAUGGAGUUGAUGACCCUUAACCCCCAUGUUCAGAAGAAUGACUGAAUUAAUGUUUAUUGUGUUCAGCCUGUGAUCAGAACCAUGUUCUCUUAUUGGGCUGCAUCUCAAUAGUCCAGUUAAUAGCCUCAUCUCCUCUCCUUCCUCUCAAUAGUCCAGUUAGUCUUGGAGAGAAUGAGAAAACAACAGGACCGGUAAAAGCAAUGUGGAUGAUCUAUCUCUACCAGAAAUGAGCUUUCACCUGUAAUUUCCUUCCCAUCAGUGCAGAGGAGGGAAAGGAGAGAAGAUGAGGAAACCACUUUAUACUAUUGAGAUGCACCCCCAAGUCCCUAUUGUCCUGGAUGUGGGCUGACCAGACAGAACAGACCGGUCAGCUGGUGGACCAUCUGUAGUCUGGUAGGGAGGGAUGGACCUCCAUGUUAAAUAGCCUGGAAACAUCAGCUGCUGUCCUCUUCAUUAAUGAAGUUAGGUCUGCUUCACCACAGACUGUACUGUCCUAAUGGCACCCUCACUAUCUAGUGCACUCCUUUUGACCAUGGGGCAUAUUCCCUAUGUAGUGCACUCCUUUUGACCUGCAGAACAGAAUAUCCAGCAACAAUAACCCAGCAGUCCAACCAUCUAACAGGUAUAGGGUGAAGUUGCCUUAGAUGCUGACCCUGGGUCAGUUUUUCCCUUUACCCCACUAAUGGUUAGGAUUGGGGAGGGGAAGCUGAUCCUAGAUCUGUACCUAGGGGAAACCUCACCCUAGAGCUAUCUAACAGUGGGUCACGCUCAUCCCUUUUUCUGGACUAGAUCCUAGCCUGGUUAAACCAGACUGAAUGCUGUGUUCACCAUGAGGGGAGUGCUCAGUCUAGUUUUAAUCAGGCUAUUGGUGACCAUUUUGUCACGUUGGCUCCUGUCCUGUCGAUGAAACGUUUGUAAUAGAGAACCUCAUCUCAGAAUGACAUGCCUCUUCCUGGUCUCUGUCGUUGAUAUUCACUUAUGAUUUAUUUUACAUCCCCCAUUCUGCCUGUAUCUUCAUCUGGGGUUAAUAGUGCUCCCUCCUAUCACAGCCUUAAAUGAAAAGCCUUAAGGCCAGUUUCCUGGACACAGAUUAAAGCUGCAAUAUAUAGCUUUUUGGGUGACCUGACCAAAUUUACAUAGAAAUGUUAUAGAUCUGUUCUUUUCAUUGAAAGCAAGUCUAAGAAGGUGGUAGAUCUGUUAUUUGUCUAUGCUUCCUGUUUUAUAGUUUUGUUUUUGGGUCUUUUACUUUCUGUUUUGUACACCAGCUUCAAAUCAGCUGAAAAUACAAUGUUUUUGGUUAUGGAAAAUAUAUUUCACAGCGGUUUAGAUGCUACAAUGAUUCUCUACACUAUACUUGCUUGUUUUCUCACAAGUUGAAAUUCUAAUUCUAGCAACCAGGAAAUGGCGGUGCGAUUUCUGCAUAGUGCAUCUUUAAGCCUAGUCUUGGACUUAACACUUUCAAUGGAGAUUCUCCAUUCAGAAUGAUUUAGAAUCCAGCACUAGGCUUAAUCUGUGUCUGAGAAACUGGUCCUAAAACUAUUCCACCUAUUCCAGGACUAUCAUUUGGAGUGCUUGCUUACUCCCAUGGUCUAUGAUGUCACCCACCUUUACCACAUCACUCUGAGCUCUAUGUCAGCCUGUUGCUAUGUCCCCAUGUAUACAGGUUUGGAACUAAGCAUUGUAACUCUGUCUAACACAUUUGUACAUACCAACGUUUGGCAUUAUUACAGUUCUAUUUAUUUCAGAUGUCUUUAUGGCAUGUUUAAAAUGAAGAACCUGAGUUUUACUAUUGUACAUCAGUCCAAGAUCACAUAUCAUGAUGUACAAUUGGUUGUCCAGUCUGUUCGAUAAAAUGAAAUAAAGAUAUUGAAAAAUAAGUACUGAAACUUUGUUGUACAUCACUCAUGAUGCAGCUUAUAAGUCUGAUGAAAAAGUGAACCUAAAGGUAAUGUUUUCCUGACUUGUUGGUUUGAGAGGAUAGAAAGACCCGUAUUAUAGGAGUUAGCCUCCCACUGUUAUUGGCUACAAACACACAAUGCUGUCUCUUUCCAGAUGGACACACCCAACACACACACACUGUACAGAUCUGCUAAACACAGUGGGACAACUGUAACCCAAAAAUAUAAAGGGAAAUGUCCAGAAUACUCUUGUCACAGUUGUCAAAUAAAAUGUUCUUGAAAACAG